AUGUCCCGUUCAUCCAUCUGGAGCGAGGAGGAGAGGGCGUUUCUCUCCACGUUCUGCGUCGAUUAUGUGAAUACUGGCAGCGAUAAGAAAUCUUUCUAUACACUUGUCUGGGGCCAGUAUCUUCGCAAAUUCCCCGUCAUGCCUACCGAGGUCGAGAUCCUUGCAAACGGCGGAGAUGUGUUGAAGGCGUUCAAAUCCGCCGCUUGUGCUCAGCGUCGUGCAAAGCGACUCGGGCAAGCGACUAACUGGCUUCAGAACAACGCGGCCCGCAUUGCUGCCUUGCUCAUACCUGGCCUUGCUGCCCCCGUUCGUGUCCGGACGCUCGACCUUUCAAAUAAAGGAAAAAGGAAACCGCAGCUUCCCCAUGCGUGGCAACGUCUUUUCUAUGACGAUCCCAAGGUGAAGGCGGAGUUCAACGAAGUGUGGCAGGAAGCGCUUGCUGCUGGGUGGUCAAAGAAGAAGCAGGCAGCGUUUCGCAACAAGUGGUCGGUUGACAAGUAUAUGGAGUCUAGCGCUGAGACGAAGGCGCUGGUGGACGAGUAUCGUGAGAAAGGUUAUCUCAAAGAUGAUGCUCAACGAUAUAUCGAUGUUGAUGCUGAGGAUGACGAUGACAUGAUCCACGCAAAGCAAGUUCAAGAGUACCUUGAUAAUCUACCUCACACCCUUCGACGCGUCGCGGAGAGCCUUCACAAGCAGACCGGAUGGCACUUCAGUAUCACCUGUGGAGGGCCACUACCUCGUGCCAACGGGGAGGUGAAUACUCUGCAUUUGUCCAUCGGUAAAUGCAAGCAGGGUUUGGAAUUCUCAUCCUGGAACUCGGACCACAAGACAGACAUAGCGAAUUUUAGACAGUUCUGCAACGAGACUUGGUCCCAAGACGAAUGUCUGGUGAUGAGUCUCAAUAGGAGCCAGUCCGCAGCAUCCACCAAUCCAGCACCGACGUCCUCGACAAACUGCGAUAGCGACACCUCAAUGAUCGACCCCGAAUUGAUGGAUAUGAAGCUUCUCACGGAUGGGCUGUCCCUCGACGGUAUCAGCCCCGAAUUCCUCGCCUCAGCAGCGGCAUCUUUAGCAGAACAGCCUCUUGACUCCUCGACAGGGAACCCAGUCCCAUCGAAGAAACGUCGCAAGGCUCAGGCUAUCGCCACGAAUCACAAGAAAGCAAAAACUCUUCGCGAUGCAUCGCUGCUUGAGGAGGCCGAGACCUUCGCUCUCUCGGGAUUAUCUCUACCCUCCGCCUCGUCCUCAGUGCCUCCCGUCGCGUCUCCAGAGUCGGCGCCCCCCGUCGUGCCCCAAGCGGCGGUGCCCCCUGUCGCGUCUCCAGGGUCAGCGCCUCCUGUCGUGCCCCAAGCGGCGGUGCCUCCCGUCGCGCCUCAAGCGGUCGUGCUUCCCGUCGUGCCCCCAGAGUCGGCGCCUCCCGUCGUGCCCCAAGCGGCG